AUGAUGAUGACUACACAACCAAAACAAGUUCUAUCAUUUAAAUGGGUAUCAAGAAUAAUUGGUUUUAUUUGGAUGUUUCUUACAGCUUGUUUUGCCAUACUUAAUAUAUUUAUAUUUGUACAACCACAAUGGAUUGGUGAUACAUUAUCAAGUCCACGUGCUGGUCAUUUUGGUUUAUAUUCAUAUUGUAUAAGUACAAUAAGUGAUUAUGAAUUUGAUUGUCAAGGAACAUGGACAAACUUCCGAACAAUUCUUAAUGUACCAUUUGCUGUUGCAACAUUUUUUGUUGGUUUCUCUGCUUUACUUAUUCUCAUAUGUCUUCUAUUGUUUAUAUUAUUUUUAUUUUUGCGUCCACGAUUUGUUUAUUUUAUUGGUGCAUUUAUACAAAUUAUAUGUUCAAUUUGUUUACUUAUUGCACUUAUUGUUUAUCCAUUCGGUUUUGAUAAUGAUACAAUUCGAACAAUAUGUGGUUAUAAUGCUAAUAAUUUUCAACUUGAUACUUGUCAGAUUCGAUGGGCAUAUAUAUUAACAAUAAUUGCAUUAUUUAAUGUAUCGAUACUUGCUAUAUUAGGAUUUGUUCUUGGUAUAAAACAACCAAAAAUUGAAACUAUAAGAGAAGUUUUCAAUCCAAACCAUGUUGUAUCAAAAUAUGGUGAACUUCAUGAAGCAAUUGAUGAUCGAACAUUAUCUGAUCAAACAAUGUCAACAACUACUAUACAACGACAUUAA